AUGGCACGAAUGGCUCUUGUGGUCACUUAUGGUUGCUGUGUCCUUGUAUACAACAGGUGUAGGGUCCGCAGAUAUGCCGCGAUCGAGGCUCGCCAGAAAGAGGAGGAAGCUGGGUUAUACCCCAUGCUGAAGAAAGAUGACAUACCAUUCGGCGCCAGAGCUCUAGAGAGGGGAGUCGAAGUGCCGGGAAUCUGGAUUUCCAGCCAUAACUCGCCAACGCCCAGUCCCCACGUUCCUAGCACACCGAUCAGAAGUCGAUCACCAAGCCCAGCCCCGAGGAGUUUCGCAAUGCUACCGCGGAGCCUCUCACCAACGGUGGCACUGGAUAGUGCUGCAUGUCACCUCUCACCUUUACCAUCAUAUGCUCGUCCUGUCACCGAAUCCGAAAUUGAUAUUGUCGCAGCCAACAAUUACCGAUACGAAUCAUACAGACCCGGUGGGAUUUACUCGCCUGGGAUCGUAAAUAGCACCCCGACGCCGCACAGGCCAUUCCAUCGUCGAAGUGACACUUUCCCCGGCAAUGAGAAGCGUGCUAGUUUCCAUACCCGCAUAUUACGCGCAAGUCAGAUUUUCGACAACAGGCGAAAUAGGUCUGGGACAAGCGAACAAGACGAAGCGGUUACAGGAUCGCCUAUCUAUGAACAUGAAUCUCGUUUCCCAACCGAGCAGUACCGGGGUUCACGGGCUCACAGUAAGCGGAUAACGUGGCCUCAUCACUGCUUGGAGUAA